AUGAAAAUUUUACGCUGUACUCAGCUAUUCGAUGACACAUAUCAUUUUUAUUCGAAUUAUAAUUGUAAUAUGAGUAAUACAGCAGCAAGUGAACUUUUUGGUAGAUGGUUUGUUGAAGAAAAAUCAGCUGAUGACAGAACACUAACGCGAGUUAUAUCUGAAAAUUAUGAGUGGGGUAUUUUUUUUGAAUUUAACAAAGAUGGAACCUACUCAGAAUAUUAUACUGCUCCGUGUGGUAAUGAUGCUGGUUUCUAUCAUUAUUCUGGGAACUGGACUCGCGAUCUUGGAACAAAUGUUAUUAAAUUGAGUAAUAUUAAAGCAGAACAAGAGCGACUGUACAGACAACUACAAAAGUCAGAGGGAAGCAUGAAAAUUGUCCAGUUCAAGCAAGACGUUAUAGAAAUGAAAGUUAUUGAUAAAUGGACAUCUGAUUAA